AUUUUUUCUUAUCAACAAAAACAUGUUGAUGUAAAUUCAAAACAAUAGACAAUUAAUUGUUUCGUUUUGUUUUGUAGAUUGUUGAUGUGAUUGUUAUUUAUUUAAUUAUGCGUUUCAAUGUUGCUUCUAGAGGAUUUUCUCAUCCAAAAUAUUUAUUCUUCCAUAAAAAAUGGGACAGAGAACCAAAUUUUCGCCCUGGUUGGUUUAGACAAUGGAGACGAACCUUUUAUAUGAGAAGAAAGAUGAAAAUUCAAGAGAUUUCAGUUCCAAUUGCUAGAGGAUAUUCUACGGUUGAUGCAGUUGAAUUAGUUAAUGAAAAAGCUGAACCAUGGGUUGAUCCUCACAUUUGGCCUUAUGAAAGAAAAUUCGAACCAGAAACACCCGAUGAUCCUGAAUAUAAACCCGUUAGGGCUCAAGUUUUCUCACGGAUGACUACUAUUUUGGAAGGUUUCAAAGGAGCCAUGAACUUCAGUAAUACUGUAAUGGAAGGUGAAGAUAAUCUACCAAAUGAGAUUGCAAAAUUGGAAUCUACUAUUACCAUUGAAGAUUCUUACAUUCGUAUGCUGGAAAAACGGUUAAGGUUCGCUGUCAUGGAAGAUAGUAUUCUACAAGCAACACCUAGAAUAGCAGAAUACCCUAAGCUUCAUAAGAAACCUAAGUGGUCUUUUGGAUGUAAGGUUCAACGAAAAGAAUCAAACAUUUUAAGCAGUUUCUAUGAUGUAUGUCAACUUUGGAUAAGUGCUCACCAUGGUCUAAUUGAUAGAAGACGAUUAAACCUUCCCAAUGCUUGGUUACCUUUUAUUCGUGACAAUCAACUUGUCGUACUUGAUUUAAACUGUGAAUUUGUUUCUCUGGUUCAACGUUCCAGUGACAAUUAUCUUUUACCCGUUUUGGAUACAAGUAAAUCGUUUGAUGAACCAACUAAAACGAUCGAUAAAGACCUUAUAUCAAUUUAUCCUUGUAAUUGGGAAAUUUGUUUCCAGAAAACACAUUGGUAUCCAUCAGAGUUUCCUUUCAAUUUACCCGAAAAAGAUCAAAUUCAUACCAUCUAUCUAACAGAUUCGCAGGUUAGACUCAAAAAAUUUGUCGAUCGUUUUGCCAAAGGACGCGCACUCAUGUUCUGUUAUGGUUAUGCUGCAGCUCAAUAUCGUAACUGGCAUGGGAAUCGAGAUAAUCAUGAAGAUCCAGUUAACUAUCAAGUCUUACAAAAUCCAAUAUUAGUUAAUAACAUUUUCAGUAAUCUCUCAAAAAAUUCAAUCGGUUUCUGUAAUUUCCAAUUGAAUACAACUAGUUUUGAUUCUGAUGUUAAGAAUCAAGUUUGGUUUAAUGGUCCAUUCGAUAUCGACGAGAACAAGGAGUUAAUUUUAAAGAAAAUGAUUGCUAUAAAUCUCUUUGGUCCUUACAAUCAACCCUCUCUGGUAAUUAACUCUUCAGACAAUUUAUCUAAUCAAUCAACAACUACAACAGUCAAUUAAUUGUUUACAUAUAAAUCUAAACGAUAUUUAGAAGAAGAAACAAAAGUUUAUAAAUAACAAUAUUAUAUUAGAAACAAUUACUAAAUUCAAAUUGA